AUGGAUGAUGGUUUUGGCAACAUAAUGGCCACUUUUACUUCGUGGUUCGGCGCCCACAUGGAACAGCUCGUUAAUAACGGCCUGGACAAAACUACGGCCGACAAUAUCGUGGCGCGCAUUUUGCACAUGGGUUUCAACUCUGUCCGGCUGAACUAUGCUGUCAAUGUCACUGUCAAUUCCAGCGGUAGUUUCCCUGAUGUGCGGGACCCCCAAUAUGUGUCAGGAGACCCCAGUUUCGCAGGCCUGAACGUUCUGGAGGUAUUUGACAAGUGCGUGGAAGCACUCACGUCCAGGGGCUUGCUCGUGGUUGUCAACGUGCACAUGCUCGAUGCUGCAUGGUUCUGCGGCACGACCGAUAACAACGCGCAGUGGUACAACGACGUAUUCUCUGAGGACGACUGGACAGCAUCACUGAAUCUCAUGGCCGCCAGGUACAGCGGAAACCCACGAGUGAUAGGAUUCGAUCUCUUUAACGAGCCCAGACUGAAUUCCAUUACCAACGACGUCUCAUAUUAG